CUGGGGAGACCAGAUAUAGUGAAUGCAGGGUCCGGGGAGACCAGAUAUAGUGAAUGCAGGGUCCGGGGAAACCAGAUAUAGUGAAUGCAGGGUCCGGGGAGACCAGAUAUAGUGAAUGCAGGGUCCGGAGAGACCAGAUAUAGUGAAUGCAGGGUCCGGGGAGACCAGAUAUAGUGAAUGCAGGGUCCGGGGAGACCGGAUAUAGUGAAUGCAGGGGUCCGGGGGAGACCAGAUAUAGUGAAUGCAGGGUCCGGGGAGACCAGAUAUAGUGAAUGCAGGGUCCGG